UGCGCGUGCGCAGAAGCUGUGGGGCAGUUUACCUCACGGUCGCGGCGCCUUUCUGUUCCCUGAGGGAACGCAAGGGUUUUCAUUUGGUCUAUGAGAAUUCAAACGUGUUGAAGCUCUUUUUUAUCUUCUGCAUCAGUCAGAUGCGGAGUCACAUUCUGCCAUUUAAACAAAACCGAGAGUACAGCAGUGCGCUCUCUGCUGUUUAGCCAAAACCUGAGUCUUCAGCAAACUGACGUUCUGCGUAGAGAAAGUUGAUUUUCUUGGAUAGCAGGGACAUCUGAAGCGUCCCAGCAGUCUCAGCAUUCCACAAGCUGUGAGGAGGCGCACCAUAUCUGCUAGGGUUGUGUUCCUUUCUAACUAGAAAGGAACUCAGGGCCACAGAAUAGCCAUGCAAAGCCAAGAAACAUUUUUUUUUUUUUUUUUUUUUUGAGCAUGUAUUUCGUUAAACAAAUUGCUUCUGAAAAGGAUUAAGCCUCGACCAAAGGCCAAUGAAAAUCACAAGAUCGCAGAAUGGUUUGGGUUGGAAGGGACCUUCAUGAUCAUCAAGUUCCAACCACCCUGCUACAGGUUGUUGCGUGGGUGUGAAAGGCUGUAAGCACAUACAAUGAAAGUUCUUCAUUCUGCACCAGCAGUGGAGUCCGUGACUCUCCUGCCACAAGAGCUGUGCCUGGUCUCGGGUGCUCAACACAUGAGAGUGCUGGAGCUAUGGGAAAGAGCCCAUGGAUGACUACUGGGCUGACUAAGGGGAGGUGUGGCAGAAGAAUACAGGGGGCCCUGCUGACCCAUGCCUUCCUAUGGGUGUGCAAGCUGCUAUCCCUAGGACAGCUGCUACCACAUGGGCCUCUGUGGGCCCACAGCCACGGCCAGGGCAUUGUGAUGGGUGUGCAGCACCACGCCCAAAGGCCAUGAUGACAUAGAAGGGUAUGAAUAGCAGUGACAUCCCUGGCAGGGCCAGAGUCCUUGGGGUGACCACUCCGAGGAGAGCAACUGUGCCAAAAGGCAGCAGCUCCCCUGGGUGCCUCUCUCUGGUCUCUGGUGACAUGGAGAUGCCAAAGGAAGAGGAGCCUAAAGCUCAGUCCCAGCCCAAUGAAGGGCUGCCAAGCGCACAGGAGCACCACCAGGCAAACGAUGUGGAGCACAAUGAGACACUGUCCCACAGAAGCACCAUGCAGGAAGACACAGACACCGUGCCCAGCUUGCCAUCUCUGCCUGAUCCCCAAGAGCAUAAAGCAGGAACAGCUGCCCACAGAGAAGCUGGGCCUGCUUCCUCAUGCAGGGGUUACGCGCCACAGCACCAGAAGAGGAAUUGGGCUGAUGAGAACAUACCAGUCCUGGAACCGUGCAUCUCAUGCCAAGUGAUAGGUGCUAAGCUGUGGGCACACCAUGAGGAUGAAAGCUCAUGUAGAGAGAUCUUGUUAUUGAAGCAAGAGCUUCUGAUGGAGAUGAGUAGAAGCUGCAUGGCGUAUACUGGGCAAAGCCUAGCCAAAUUCAGGGAAAUAACCAGGCAGGCGAGGAAGCUGAGGAAGCAGAGAGCAGGGCAGGAUGUUCCAUGUGUCUCACAGUAUGAGCUGGAAGAUGGUGGUGAUGAUGAAGAGCCGAAGAUUGAAAACCACUGGGUCAACCCCAGGAUCACAGCCUUCUUCCAGGACCCGCAGGAGGCUCAUCAGCAAACGCCCGACCCUUCCAGCAUCACAGACACAGAGGCUUCAGGAGAGUCAGAUGGCCAGGCACAGAGCACAGCCCUUUCCGUGUCGAGGCACACAGAUGCCGAGGCAAGAGCUUCUGUCUUGGCUGGCAGUGCCUGGGAUGAUGCCAUAUCCACACGGCAGCCACCAGGCACGGGUGCCUCUAGUGGCAGAGGAGCGGAAAAGGCCUUUGUGCCUGAGGCCCCUGGCCAACAAGAACCUCUCCCGCCUGCUUCGCGGACUCAGGGUGAGGGCCAGCCACGGCGUGCUCUGUUCAGGAGGUGGCUUGGGUUCGGGAUUUGCUGCAGCAGCUGCAUCACAACAGAGGAAGAGUAGCGGUGUUGCGCCACCAGCACCCGGCGACUUCUCAGAGCUGGUCGCUGGCCCUCCAGAAGCUGAGCAGCUCCCAUGGGACACAGCAGGACAGCCCCUGAAGAAUUAAUCGCCCCCACCUCACAGUGCACCCUUCCUUCGGUCACAGCAUGCUUAGCUUGGCACAGGGGGCUUACAGGGAAACUUGUGCUGAAGUACUGUAACUCUUGGGAGUUUAAAUGUGUGGAAAUUCUGAAAUGGAAGCAGUUCCAAAGGCUAGCCUCCAGCUGACACCUCUGUGGUGCACAGAAGGGCACUGCUGGGUAUGCGGAGUGUUUGAAAUCGGUGAAGAAGCGUCACUGAGGCAGCAGUGGGAAGCAAAAGGAGCUGAGAGUCAUUGGUAUUCCACAUCAUAACAUCAUGGAGUGCACUGGGAAUUAAAGUGCUAAUGCCCCAGUUCUGCAUACCAAGAAGAAACUACGUUCCCCAGAAGGCUGUUUGCUGUGCUGAUAUCAUUCCUGCACAGGGGGGAAUGCAUAUAAGGCAUUGGCGGGUCAUCUGAUGCUCUCUCGCUUUCCUUCCGCUAUCCUCCCUGCUGCUUGACUUGAUUGUCGCAUCUACAUCUCAGCAUUAGCACAAGGUCUUCUUUUUCAGACAUAUCCCUUUUCCAUUAUAUCCGAUUUUGUCAAUCCCAGUUCUAAUUAUAUUGUAUUAUACUGUCUUAUUUUUAUUUAUUUUUUUU